AUGCUGAGGAGUUUUGAUGAAUUUGAUUAUGAUGAGUUAGCAGUUGAUAAUAGGACAGGACAGGGCGUAUUUGAUUUUGAUCCUACAGAUUUAGCAAAAGGUUGGAGCUAUGAAAAUAACGAUAGUGUAGAUAAUGUUUAUGACGAUUUAGAUGAUAUGUAUGAAGAUAUUAGUGAUGAUUUGAGUGUUAUAGAGAGUGAAAAUGAAAAUUUAGCAAC